AAAUGCCGGGUGAAGCGACAGAAACCGUCCCAGCCACAGAGCAGGAACUGCCACAGCCUCAGGCUGAGACAGUAACUCCUCCCCCGGCCCCCGGGGAAGCAAGCUGGGCUCUCGCAGGAGUGACACUGGCAGCUGAGCAGACCCGAGCAGUUGCCACCAAGAGUCCUGAGGUGGCAGGCCAGGGUUCCCAGGCUGAGGCUGCUCUGGAACCUUCAGCUCCUGCUGUCCCUGCCCCUCCUGCUGGUGCUCCUGUUCAAGCGUCAGCUCCAGCUCCCUCUGCUAACCCUGCCCAGCCCUCCUCUCCAAGUGCCCCCACGGGCCUGGCUGUGUCACGAGAGCAGCCCCCCUCCCCAACCUCUCCUGCUUCCCCAGCACUAGCUCCCCCUGCAGCCCCUGCCUCCCCACCUGUGGUCCCAGCUCUGAUGCCUCCUACCUUCUCCGCUCCCUUAAAGCUCCCAGCUGCAGCUGUUGGCAUCCCAGUGCCCAGCCCACCUCCCCCUAUUCCCCCUACAGCCCCAGCUCUUGGGACCCCAGCCGAUUCUGCCACUCCAGGCUCUCCCAGGCCUGCUGCUGCUGCUUCCCCAGUUACUCCAGCGUCCCCUGGGGGCCCAGCACUGGCAUCUCCUUCUGUUACCCCAAGGUGUCCCCAUGUCUCUCUCACCACUCCUCUUGCCCCCCUGGCGGCACCAGCCUCUCCUAGAUGCCCAGUUUUGACAGCUCCUGUUUCUCCCCUGACCCCCCUCGUUCCUCCUGUGGCCCCUGCGGCGCCAGGCCCUCUUGCUCCUCCCGCAAUCUCAGCCACCUCCCCUGUGGCUGCUGCCCCUGCCCCCCUCACCCUUCUGGCUCCUGUUUCUCCCCCUGUGACAUCAGCUCUGGCUGCUGCUACCCCUGUGGCCCAACCUACUUCCCCCACCCCUCUUGUUCCUCCCCUAGUCAUUGCUGCUCCCCCAGCCCCCCCUCACAUCCCCUGGGACCUCAGCUUCUCUGGUGGUCCCUGGUGCUGCCCCUCUGGCCCCAACCUCUUGCCCAGCUUUUCCUGUGGCUCCUGUCCCAGCACCCUCCACGCCUCGUGAGACCCCUGCCUCUCCCCCAGCCCCUCUCCCUCCCCCAAAGACCCCAGCCUCUCCUACAGCUCCUGCCCCAGCCCCCUCCACUCCCUUGGAGACCCCUGCCUCUCCCCCAACCCCUCUCCCUCCCCCAAAGACCCCAGCCUCACCUCCUGCCCCAAGCUCCUCCACUCUCCCCAAGACCCCUGCCUCUCCCCCAACCCCUCUCUCCCCCACACAGGCCCCAUCCUCACCUCCUGCCCCAACUCCCUCCACUCCCCCAAAGACCCCUGCUUCUCUGCCAAAGCCCCCAGCCUCUCCUGUGGGUCCUGCUUCUGCCCCCGCCCUCUCCAUGCCCUCUGAGACCCCUCCCUCUCUCCCAACCCCUCUCUCUUCUGCUGUGGCCUCAGCUUCUACUGCUCCUCCUGCCUCAGCCCCAACCCCCUCCACUUCCAUCAAAACCCCUGCUCCUCCAUCAAAGGCCCCAGCCUCCCCUGUGGGUCCUGCUCCUACCCCCUCCACUCCCCCUGUGAUCCCUGCCUCUGCCCCAUCCCUCUCCCUCCCCCAAAGACCGCAGCCUCUCCUCCUGCUCCAUCCCCCUCCAUUCCCCUUGUGACCCCAGCCCCUCCCCCAACCCCUCUCCCUUCCCCUAUGGCUCCUUCCCCAGCCCCUCUCCACCCCUUGGUGGCUCCUGUUUCUCCCAGUGUGACACCAGCUCUGGGGGCUCGUGCAUCUCCACCAGCUCCUGUCACCCCCACUGAGGCUGCAGUUUCUCCUGGGACCCCUGUUUCUCCCCCUGUGGCCCCAGCCUCUCCCACUUCUCCACUUCUGGUGACCCCUGGCUCUCCCCCUGUCCCAAAGGCAGUAAGCUCUGCCCCCGCCUCCUCCCCUGAGCUCCUCCUUGCUCCCCAGAAACCAGCUUCCUCGCCAGCUGCUUCCACUGACCUCCCUGCCACUCCCCUUACUCCAGCGAGUAGCCAAGCCCCUGCACCUCUGCCCACUUCCCCCGCUGAAGAGCUAACCCCCCGCCCCGGGCUUCCUAAACCAUCCCCGCCUUCCUCCUCACCUGGUCCUGCGCCCGAAGCACCAGCUAGACCCCCCACCCCUGUCUGCGCUGCUACCAUCGAUGACGACGAGCUGCCGCCUCUCAUCCCUCCUGAGGGGCCUGCCGGGGAACUGCCUUUGCAGCCGAUCCUGGUGGAUCUCUCCUCUCCCAGACCCGCUGUGGCCCCUGCUGAGGCCCCAGCUUCUCUUCCUCCAGCCAAGCAACCCGUGCUGAAGAAUGACAAGGGGUCCGGCACAGAAUCCGACAGUGACGAAUCGGUGCCAGAACUCGAAGAACAAGAUUCUACACAGGCCACCACACAGCAGGCACAGCUCGCAGCAGCCGCUGAAAUAGAUGAAGAACCAGUUAGCAAAGCAAAGCAGAGCCGGAGUGAAAAGAAAGCACGAAAGGCAAUGUCCAAACUGGGCCUUCGCCAGGUCACAGGUGUAACCCGAGUCACCAUCCGGAAAUCCAAGAACAUCCUCUUCGUCAUCACGAAGCCAGAUGUGUAUAAAAGCCCAGCAUCAGACACCUACAUAGUCUUCGGCGAGGCAAAGAUCGAAGAUCUGUCCCAGCAGGCGCAGCUGGCAGCUGCCGAGAAAUUCAAAGUGCAAGGAGAAGCCGUCUCAAACAUUCAGGAAAACACACAGACUCCCACCGUACAGGAGGAGAGCGAAGAGGAGGAGGUUGACGAGACCGGCGUCGAGGUGAAGGACAUCGAGCUGGUCAUGUCCCAGGCGAACGUGUCCCGCGCGAAGGCUGUCCGGGCCCUGAAGAACAACAGUAACGAUAUUGUAAAUGCUAUUAUGGAAUUGACGAUGUAGCCAUCAGAAGGGAGGAACCUUUUGGUUUUUCAGAGAAGAGUAAAAUGCAGCGAAAUUUAACAUUUGUACUAUUUCUAUCGAUAAAUAAAAGUUGUGGCUUACUGUCGGUGAAA